UUAAAUAUGAGUAAUUUAAGUAGGGGUAAGUAAUUUAAUUUAAUUAGUGCUAUAGUAGAACCAUUUAAGUAGGAGUUCAAUGAUACUUUAGUUUGUAGUUACGUAGUAGUAAAUUAGUUUAGAAAAUUAGUUCUACGCAUUUAUUAUUACAAUUGCAGUACUAUUAGAGACGUGUUUAUAAAUUAAUUAUGAUUUAGAAUAGAAUUUGGCAUAUGCAGUAUAGAAUUUGAGUGUCAUCACGUAGUUAUGAAUACUUAUACAUUGUAGUUGAAUUUCAUACUUAGUUUUUACGAAUUAUUGAAUAAGGUAGUGAAGUAAAGAGUAUAACUCGAUAAGUAUUAUGUGAUAUACAUAUAUGUCGAGCAAGAUGCAGUUUCAAGUAUUUUAUGGUGAAUACAAUGUUAUGUAUGGGCCAAAUGGAGUAGAUCUUUCUGCCUUUAAGCGCACAUCUAGCGGCAUAGAUAAACCUCUGGAAAGGAGUUUUGGUUCCAUAUGUAAGUGGCUGCAGCGUGGGUUUCAUGUUGAUCCGUUGACACAUGUGAUCACUCUCCAGUCUCUUGUUAAUUGGGAGGUAGAAAGUGAAUUAUGGGAAUUAAUGAUGAUACACAGCACUGAUGACUGGCAGAAGUACAUGCAAGCAGCUCUAGAGCGUGGGUGGCCUCUGGCCAUUCUUGUUCAAAUUCAGGAGAAGACACAAAAUGAAAUCCAACAUUGUGCAGAUCAAGGAACUCCGAGUAUUCAAAGAGAGACCAAUUAUGUUGAGCAAGAUGAGUCAGAAGAGACAGAGAACCAAAACAUGGGACCACAGGGCCUUGCUGAUGAGGGAGAGAUGAUACAUAGCAUUGUGGACGAGAUGGAGGCAGAAGACCAAACCGCAAUAGAGAUGGAAGAAUAUGAGGACUCAUCUGAUGACGAGCAGUACUCAUUGCCAAAAGAGUGGAAAGAGCAUGGUUUUGGUAGUCAUGUCACAGAAGAUGUACGAAAUCAGGAGUGGGAGUACAGAGGGAACGAGGUAGUGCAAGGUGCAACAUAUCCAAACAUUGAAGCCGUAAAAGAUGCUGUGAGACUAUGGGCAAUCUCAUUGAAACGAGAAUUCAGAGUCGUAAAGUCUGGCAGUAAAGAAUAUGAGGUGAAGUGUGUGAAUGCUAGAUGUCCAUGGCGAGUACAUGCAUUCAAGGGAAAAUGGAAGUCAAACUGGAAAUGUUCCAUUGUCACAGAGCACACUUGUUUGCUGUCAGAAGUUCUUCCCUCGCAUCGCAAUAUAUCAUGCGACUUUGUUGCAAAGCAAAUGUAUGGGUUUAUUAUGGACAACCUAAAUUAUGAGCCAAAAAUGAUUGUUCGAUACAUUGAGCAGACUUACCAGUACACCAUCAGUUAUUUGAAGGCAUGGCGGGCUAAACAAAGGGUGUUCGAGAUGCGGUUCGGCACAUACGAGGCAUCAUAUGAUAACCUACCUCGUAUGUUAUCCCAGGUUGCUGCUAGAAAUCCUAGAAGCUUUUAUGACACAUACCUUGUACCAGCCGUGACUAGGGGACAAAGAAUUAUGCAACGAGCCUUCUUUUGCAUAGGUGCUUGUGUUAGAGCAUUUCAAUUUUGUCUUCCGGUGAUCUGCAUUGAUGGCACAUUUUUGACUGGAAGGUAUAAAGGUCAGAUACUCACCGCAAUCGGUGUAGAUUGCAACAACCAAAUUAUUCCGCUCGCAUUUGCAUUUGUUGAGAAUGAGAACAUAGACAGUUGGUAUUGGUUCCUUAAACGAGUGAAGAUUCAUGUUGUUGCUGCACGUCCAGAUGUGUGCCUUAUUAGUGAUAGGCAUGCAGGUAUCCUGCAAUCAAUACUGAAAUUGCAACGUGGAACUGCGACAACGCCUCCAUUAUGGCCUGAUGUCCAAAACAGGUGGUGCAUUAGACAUAUGGGUGCAAACUUCUAUGAACACUUCAAGAACAAGGAUCUUAAGAACCUGUUUAAGAGGUUGUGCACCCAAAAUCAACAGAGAAAAUUCAAUGCAUUAUGGCAGAUGCUUGAUCAGUUGACUGCAGAGCUAGUGAAGGUAAGGGCAUCAGGAGCAGGCACGAGUCAGGCUGCAGAGGCUAGGGAUUCAAUUGAGAAGCCAUUUUCACACUGGAUUCGAGGUGCACCUAAGGAGAAAUGGUCAUUCCUUUAUGAUACCAACGGAAUACGGUAUGGUAUUCAGACAACGAACCAUGCAGAGUGUUUCAAUAUGGUUAUGCAUUCUUGUCGUGCCUUUCCACUUGUGGGAAUUGUUGAGUUCAUCAUGUAUGGGUGCAUGAAGUAUUUCAGAGAGCGUUACACGGCUGCAAGCAUAAACAUCAACAACCCCCAAAUUCAGUUUUGCAAAAGAGUGACACAAUAUAUGCAAGAGAAGAUUGAAAAGGCCAAACUGCACCGCGUCAUAUCCACAGGUACAAUGGAGCAUAGAUUUGAGGUUCUAUGCAAGGAUAGAAGUGGUCGUGGUAUCCGUAGAGAUAGGGUGGUACAGGAGAGUUUGAUUACAGUUGAUGGCAAAGCCUUCUGCUCCUGCAUGAAGCCUAAGUUAUUGCAUAUGCCAUGCUCCCAUCUCAUUGCGGCAUGUGCAGAGUCUGCGUUACAGCCAGGACUAUUUGUUUCACCGUACUUUAGCAAGGAAGCAGCUGUAUCCACAUGGGGACAUGAGGUAUACGGGAUUGGAAUUGUGGGGCCUUUCACUCAGGAUAAUGAGAAUAAGAUGUUUAUUCCUGAUCCAGCCACUAAGAAAGGCAAAGGCCGCCGUCAGACACGUCGUAUUCGGAAUGGUAUGGACGAGUCGGAAGCAAGCAAGGCACAAAAGCGUUGCAGCCAAUGUGGAGCAUUGAGUCACAACUACAAGAAGUGUCCUCAGAAUGCACUUCACGAUGCUGCUGACGUCGGUCCUUCCGAAAAUCCCAGAGAUGGAGCACCUCCUACGUUCAGACGAGCACCGGCGAGAAUUGUUCGUGGAAGGCAUUCGGUGUCAUGAUCCACAAUUGUAUUUCAUUAUUUGUAAUAUGUAGUAAUGAAAUAUGGCAGGUAUGGAGAUGGACUCCUUGCUAGACCCAGUGAUCGACUCGAGCCACAGGUCUUACUUUGCAGCUGUUGAGCACCGAGCCCUAGAGGUGCUACGUCCUCGUCCACCCGGCGAGGCGAUCUCUAUACACCACGAUUGGUGUGACCGGUUACGUGAGGCCGGCCUACUGACUCUGAGCCGUCUUGUCGAGGUUGGGCCUAUUCAGCUCGACCGAUCCCUCCUGACGGUGCUCGUUGACAGAUGGAGGCCGGAGACACACACGUUCCACCUCCCGUGUCGGGAGAUGACUCCUACGCUGCAGGACGUGGCCUACCUCCUCGGCCUCCCUAUCGUCGGGGAGGCUGUAGGUCCGCGUGUGGUGGCGGCCUCGUGGAAGGAUGAGCUGGAGGCCCGUUUUGCCCUGGUUGACCGCGUGGACGAAGCAGGUCCGAUCAACCCGCACCCGCGAGCAUCAGGUCCUUCGAAGACCUGGUUCCUACAGUUUACACCUGCCUUGUUGGCUGCGGAUGCCGACGAGUACAGUGUGACCAGAUCGCUGGAGGCGUACCUACUUUGGUUGUUUGGUUACAUCAUGUUCAACAACACUCAUGGCAACUCGGUCGAUAGGAUUCUCCUUCCGUAUGCAUGGGAGAUUGCGGAUGGGGACGAGGACGUACUGCCCUACAGCUGGGGUGAGGCGGUACUUGCAGCCACUUACCGUGGACUCUGCGAUGGGUGCAUGAAGACACAUGGGAACGCUAUCCUGUCAGGGUGCCCACUACUGCUACAGCUUUGGUCGUACGAGAGGCUAGCCGUUGGUCGCCCCUUGGUCAUCCACGAGCCUUACCACGGGGGCAUGUACGGCGACGAGGAGGACGAGAGGCCCACUAUGGGAACUAUCUGGAUCUGGUGUCAGAGGUCCUGGGCACAUGCGCGGGUUAGACGCGCAUAUCCUGAGUUUGUUUCGGAGCUCGACAUGCUGACGCCCGAGGAUGUUGUCUGGGAGCCUUACAGCCCAGAGGCUGUGGCUACCCGUGCACCAGCAGGCCUGUCUUCGCACUGCUCCGCGAAUGCGAGCCUGUGGCUUACUUCCGCCGUUCUGGUUUAUGACAUCGCGGUUGAGGCAUAUUGCCCCUGGAGAGUCAGGAGACAGUUUGGGCAGCGCCAGGAGUUUCCGGUGCCCACCGCGUUGGAGCGUGUCAGUCGCCAGGACCACAGGUUGUCAAGGAGUGGCUUGCCGUGCUCUGAUGAUUGGCUCACCAAGAUCCAGCCGUGGGUGGACCAAUGGGAACAGGCAGACGAGCACUUGGUCCAUCCAACAGGACCACACACAGAUAGCUUCUUUAGGGCUUACCUCACCUGGUACUUACCCCGGACUCGGGCUCGUCUGGUUUUUGUUGACACUCACCCACAGCCACACCAGGCGAGGCCUCAGGAUGGCUAUGCCCGGCACCACGUGGAGGCACUAGCUGGCGCGCUUCGCCUUUGCAACAUGAUGGAGACGGACUGCUCGACUUACUUGACGAGGGUACGUGCCGGAUCCCCAAUGACCCAGUUUGAGCAGACAGAGGCAUGGUCGAGGCAGCGUGAUCAGUUGCGUCAGGUAGCGCACAACUUCGGAACCCGUGUGCAGUACGAAGACAGCCACAGGUCGUCUCAGGCCUCGUCGUCGUUCCCGUGUCCGUCGACCGUGCACGGGCCGACGUCGCAGUUCUUCCCAAGUGCAGCUACUGCGUUCGGCCAUACUGGAAUGUUUAGAGGGACAGCACCAGUUGGCGGACCGUAUCCAGGGAUGGUACUGGGGCCACAGAUACCGGCCUACACAGGAUUCUACCCCGAUGCGGGCGCCGGACCUUCUUCCUCCUCCUUUCGACCAGAUAACGAGACCUUCACCUUAGACGACUUCGACAGCUUGUCUCUAGAAGAGCCUGCCGCGCAAGGUGACCCCGAUGUCUUGGGGUAUUCACAGCUAGGAGGCGCACCACUUGGGAUCUCUCAGCAGCAGACACCGCAGCCCCUUGCGCGUCCUGAGCGACAGGUGAGGUCUCCGGAUGUUCUCACCUACUCCGAGGGCCAUGUCCGUGCCCAGCAGAGGGCUAAGAGGGUCCGACGCCCUAGGGGUGGUUAGAUAUAUCUGAUAUUUAUUUGUAAUGAGAUAGUUGUGGACCUCUUAUUUGUAUCCGAUGUUUAUGAUUGUGCUAGUUUACUUGUCAUUUGUUUCUAUAGAUACUAUUGAUGUGAACUUGUUAUGUUUAGGGGUUCCAUAAUGCUCGUUAAAUAAGGGAAGUUUUUGC